ACAACCGGAAAUACAGCGACUGAAACUGUCUUUGGCGCAUGCGCGUUCCUGGUUCUUCCUUUCCGACACUCGAGCGAGAAGAGACAAGAUGGGCCAUCAGCAGCUCUACUGGAGUCACCCGAGAAAAUUCGGUCAGGGAUCCCGCUCCUGCCGAGUGUGUUCAAACAGACAUGGCCUGAUCCGUAAAUAUGGACUCAAUAUGUGCCGUCAGUGCUUCAGGCAGUACGCAAAAGACAUCGGCUUCGUAAAGCUGGAUUAGAUGUGCUGUGCUGACAUCCACUGGCUAAGGACAGCUGGCUAAAAUGGAAGAAAUUCAACACUUCUAAUAAAUGCUUUUUUUUUGUUCCACCACA